UGCACAUGCAAACGUCUGACAGUACAGCACUCUGUCUGCCCUGAACCUCUGGGAAAUACUGUUUCGCUUAUAUAUUUUCCCUUUCCUUCCUUUCUUCACGCAGAACACUGAGGUUCUGCACUGAGAUAAAGGCAGCUGAAGAAACAAUUCUAGUUAUCAGAGAGAAUUGCUUGCAGGGAAGUUUGAUUGCCUUGUUCAUUAGUCAUUGGAUUAAACUGGUUUACUUCAUCUACCACAGGGUUUUAAUUAAGGUACCAUACAGGAAAGAGAUUUGAACAGAACACAUUGCUGGAGGAGCUCCACAGAGUCAAGUUUUUCACCUCUCUGGUUGCUGUCAAAUUCACUUACAUCUUUUGGAGUUUACACCAUCCUGUACUGAACAGAUUGCCAAUGCUUACAAGGAACUGCUUGUUGUUGUUUCUUUGGUUCCUGUUUGACAAAGGUCUCUUGACACCCCUGCAGUCGCCACCACAUAGAAAACUGGGAAAGGAACAUCCCGGGGGCAUUGUGGGGCUACUGAGAAAUGCACAACCAAGUUUUCAACGAGUUAAACGUGGCUGGGUGUGGAACCAGUUCUUUGUCUUGGAGGAGUAUAUGGGGUCGGACCCUCAAUAUGUUGGCAAGCUACAUACAGAUCUGGACAAGGGUGACACUAUAGUGAAGUACACUCUCUCAGGAGAUGGAGCUGGCUCUAUUUUUACAAUCGACAAGACUACUGGGGACAUUCAUGCCUUAAGGAGACUUGACAGAGAAGAAAAGCCUUACUACACUUUACGUGCUCAGGCUGUAGAUACAGAGACUGGCAGGCCUCUAGAGCCUGAAUCAGAGUUUGUCAUCAAGGUUCAGGAUAUAAAUGACAAUGAGCCUAAGUUUUUGGAUGGUCCUUACACAGCUAGUGUACCAGAAAUGUCUCCAGUAGGAACUUAUGUGCAGAUAAGUGCUACAGAUGCUGAUGAUCCAACCUAUGGCAACAGUGCCAGAGUAGUAUACAGUAUUUUACAAGGACAACCUUACUUCUCAGUUGACCCUAAAACAGGAGUUAUAAGGACAGCUUUACCGAACAUGGAUAGAGAGGUGAAAGAGCAGUACCAGGUUCUCAUCCAGGCUAAGGAUAUGGGCGGACAAUUGGGAGGGUUAGCUGGGACAACCACUGUUAACAUUACUCUUGCUGAUGUCAAUGACAACCCACCCAGAUUUCCAAAAAGUAUCUUCCACCUUAGAGUGCCAGAGUCUUCUCGGGUGGGAUCAUCUGUUGGAAGAAUUAAAGCUCGUGACCCUGAUGCUGGUAAAAGCGCUGAGAUUGAGUACAGCAUAGUUCCAGGAGAUGGUGGAAACAUGUUUGACAUUACAACAAACGACCACACUCAAGAUGGAAUUCUUAUACUUAAAAAGCCAUUAGACUUUGAAACAAAAAAGGCAUAUACUUUCAAAGUGGAAGCCUCGAAUGCUCAUCUAGACCAUCGGUUUCAUGCCUUCGGACCAUAUAAAGACACAGCUACUGUCAAGAUUAAUAUUUUGGAUGUGGAUGAGCCUCCAGUAUUCACCAAACCUUCUUACACGAUGGAUGUGUAUGAAGACACCCCUGUUGGUAUUAUUAUAGGGGCAGUGACCGCUCAAGACCUGGAUGCUGGUAGCAGUCCUGUAAGGUAUUCUAUUGAUUGGAAGAGUGAUUUGGACAGUUAUUUUGAAAUUGAUCCAGUGGAAGGAACCAUCGCUACAAAGGAACUCUUGGACCGAGAGAACAUGGCACAGCACAAUAUAUCCAUUGUUGCAACUAAAGUUAAUAAUCCUGUGCUUUCCAACAAAGUUGCAGUCAUAGUCCAUGUCUUGGAUGUUAAUGAGUUUCCCCCGGAAUUUUCAAUAACGUAUGAGACUUUUGUAUGUGAAAAUUCUAAGACAAACCAGCUAAUUCAAACCGUCAGUGCGAAAGACAGAGAUCUGCCCCCUGCUGGUCAGAAAUUAUUUUUUAAAUUACCCCCAGAGGCCACUGCGAAACAAAAUUUUACAGUCUACGAUUACGGAAAUAACACAGCUGGGAUUCUAACCAAACAGAAUGGCUAUAGUCGUAGAAUGCAGGAGAUCUAUUUCCUGCCUGUUGUAAUAGAAGACAGCGGGUAUCCGGUCCAGAGCAGCACAAAUACUCUGACCAUUAGAGUCUGUGGAUGCGAUACUGAUGGCACCCUCUUAUCUUGCAAUGUUGAAGCAAUCUUCUUACCAGUGGGGCUCAGCACUGGGGCACUGAUAGCAAUCCUUCUAUGCAUCAUUAUACUCUUGGUGAUCGUGGUUCUCUAUGUUGCGCUCAGGAGACAAAAGAGGAAAGAGACGUUGAUGACCUCUAAGGAAGACAUCCGUGACAAUGUCAUACACUAUGAUGAUGAAGGUGGUGGAGAAGAAGAUACCCAUGCUUUUGACAUGGGCACCCUGAGGAACCCCAAAGUAAUUAAAGGCAACACGUUUCGAAGGGAUGUGAAACCAGAGACUGAGACCUGUCCCAAGCCACCUAUUUCCCAAGAAAGUGCAGACAUCAGAGAUUUCAUUCACCAGCGGCUGCAGGAGAAUGACGUUAAUUCCAGUGCACCACCAUACGACUCACUUGCAACAUAUGCCUAUGAAGGUGAUGGCUCUGUAGCGGAGUCUUUAAGCUCCAUUGAGUCACUGGCUGCUGAUGCUGAUGAGGGUUAUAAUUACCUCAGGGAGUGGGGGCCUCGAUUUAAAACCCUGGCAGGAAUAUUUGAAGAACAUGAGUCUCAUUUGGAAAAAACCGACACACUCUAAGUUUUUUUUUACAGGAGUAAGGGGUCUUUUUUGUGUAAAUCUACUGUUUAAGUUUGGGGCUUUAUUUAUUAUUAUCAAGUAAUUUUGGUUUGCUCUUCAAAGAAAACAUCUUGCAAAAUGUGGUACAGAAGACUCAAAGGAAAUAAGCCAGCCUUCCAAUUAAUAUUUACAGUUACGUCUCCUUCUAAGAGGUAGAUGAAAGAAAGACUUAGAAAGGAAGAUUGGCAAGGACUCUCUUUGGUAUUCUUAUAAAGUGCCUCAAGAUAACUAUUUUUGUUUCAAAUCUCCUGUUACAGUAAGAAAAACAACAAAGUUCGACAGAUUGAUCCUGCUAUAAGAAAUAGAAGGCAACUUAAUAAAAUGGAAGCCCUAAAACAAUGUUUGCUUGCGACAACAUUACUAAUGACAAAAAAUGUGGGGACAUGUAUGUGGCCCUAGUUUGUCCAAAGCUUUUGUUCAUUAUUUAUUUAUUUAUUUACAUAUUUAUGUAUUGAUUUAUUUACUACAAAUUCUACUUCCUCUUGAUGUUUUAUCAUGAACUACAUGCAACGGACAUGUCAGUCAUGAGGGGGUUGUUGUAACUUGUAAAAAAUGUUAGGGCUUAACGUUAAAUAUUAAUAUUCAAUUCCUGUAAUAAACACCUUUUUUUCUUAAAUAAAUAAAGCAGCAGUAAAAAA